UGGUGUCAGCGUGAGAAGUAAAAGGGAAACAAAUCAUGCCGUCAAAAAGCUGGACUUUAGGAUCGGUCAAAAUUACGAUAAUCGAUCAUCCAAAAACACUUGGUCAGCAGAAUCCAAUGCACGCAUUUCGCAAUCCGCAACACAGCUGCUGCAAAAACGUGCCUAAAACAAAGAAUUGCUGUUUAUUCAACAGAAUCCCCAGCUACGUCGGAGUAACCAAUUCUAGCGCUCUCUUUCUGCUUUUGCAAACUUUUCCAUAUGGUCACCAACAACACGCAAAUUCUCUUCCAACAAGUGCCAGGUAAAACCUAUGUGCCUGGUCAGGAUCUUGCUGCUGCCCAGUCUACCAUAGACCUACAUGCUCCUUUGCAGGAAGGCGAAUUUAUUCUGAAAAAUCUCGUGCUCUCCGUUGAUCCUUAUAUGCGUCUCUAUAUGGCAACUGGCGCUCUGCAGCCUGGAAACAUCAUGGCUGGUAACACGAUGAGUGUCGUGCUCCGAUCCAACAACCCGGAUUUCCAAAAGGACGACCUAGUAUACGGUUUGAUUGCCAAGGGCCGCUUCGAACAGUAUUCUCUUGUUACGGCCGAAUAUGCAAAGAUCGCAUACCAGGUGCGAAACCAGCCUAAACAAACCGGUCUGCCGCUCUCGAACUAUGUUGGCGUAUUAGGCAUGGCAGGGAUGACGGCGUAUGCAGGUCUGCUCAAGGUAGGAAAGCCAGUUGCCGGUGAGACCAUCCUCAUUUCUGCUGCAUCUGGCGCAGUUGGCCAGUUAGUGGGUCAAAUGGCCAAGAAUCUAGGACUUCGCGUUGUGGGAUCGGCAGGCUCGGAUGCCAAGAUCAGAUACCUCGUUGACGAACUUGGAUUUGAUGGCGCGUUCAACUACAAGACAGAUGACAUUGAUGCGAAGCUUACCGAGCUUUGCCCUAAGGGUAUCGAUAUCUACUUUGACAAUGUGGGCGGCCUAAUGCUGGAAAAAGCCAUCGAUCAUGCAAACCACUUUGCGAGAAUCCCUGUAUGUGGUGCCAUCACCCAAUACGACGACUUGAAGACCGGCUACCCGGUUAGCAACUUGCAUCAAAUCAUGUCCAAAGCUAUCACCAUCCAAGGCUUCCAUUUUACUCAAUAUGUUGACGAACUCGAGACUGAAUUUCUCGACAACGUCGCCAAGUGGCUCAAGGAUGGUUCUAUCAAAUAUGCCGAAACAGUAUCUAACGGAAUCGAGACUAUGCCUCAAGCGCUGUUGGAUGUGUUGAACGGCAAGACAUUUGGUAAAGGAAUAGUUAAAGUUGCAGAUUUGUAAUUAUAUUCUGUAUGCACCUUAUCUUUCUUUCCUCAUCAAUUGUAUGCUUCACGAUCAUUCCAAAUUCCAUUCAACAAAUUUUUACAGGCGUAUGUAUAACAG